UUCUCAAUUCUCAUUCAGCAUAAAUUCAUUUCCACCACAAAAAAGGAAAAUAAAAACAUGCUGAGAAUCGCAAAGAAACUCGUGCAAACGGCGUCGUUUGAGACGCCAAAUCCAGCAAUUAGGGUUCUUCCACGAUUCUACCACGAGAGGGUGGUGGAUCACUACGACAAUCCCCGGAAUGUUGGAUCCUUCGAUAAGAAUGAUCCAACGGUGGGAACUGGUCUUGUUGGUGCACCCGCUUGUGGUGAUGUCAUGAAGCUUCAAAUCAAGGUUGAUGAGAAUGGGAAAAUCAUUGAUGCUCGCUUUAAGACCUUUGGUUGUGGUUCCGCCAUUGCUUCAUCUUCUGUUGCUACUGAAUGGGUAAAGGGAAAGCAAAUGGAGGAGGUUUUAACCAUUAAGAACACUGAGAUUGCAAAGCAUCUUUCACUCCCGCCAGUUAAGCUUCACUGCAGCAUGCUUGCUGAGGAUGCUAUAAAAGCAGCUGUUAAAGAUUAUGAAGCUAAGCGUGCCUCGGCUACUGCGGCCACAGGAGACAAAUCUGCCACUGCAUGAUUUCUUCCAUUGCUGGAAUGAUGAUGAAAAAAUUCAUUAGUAUGAUUCUCCAAUGGUGCUAAUGAGUCGAUUGCAUAUCAUUAGAACAUCUUUAUUCCGACUUUUCUUGAUUGGAGCUAGGCAGCCAUAUUGUAUUGUCAUAACGUCUUCUAAAUACUUGUAUCUGUAUCGGCUUGGAGCUACGCAGCCAUAUUGUAUUUGUCAUAGUCUUAUAAAUACUUGUAUUGCGGGAUGAAUUUUCUUGUUUGAAUGGUUUGUUCGUAGGAAUCAAAUAAUAUUUUUGCUAAAAUAUUGUACACAAUACAAUCAGAAUAUGUACAUGUAAUAUUUUCGUCCUUACACGAUUUUGUUUGAAA